UUACAGCACUGGACUAUUUCGACUUGGAAUACACAGGUGUCGCCAGCCAAUCUCUCACUUUCAAUCACACAGAAAUCGUCACACGGCACAUCUGAGGUGAGCAGCCAGCUCGUUCUCCCACCACCACCUUCACAUUACGAACAUCACCACAAGAACACCACCAUGACCACACCCACGCCAAUGCCGCUAGCUGCCACUACAUCGCACCACGUGUUCCGCCUCAUCCAUCCGCUGAUCGGGCUGUCUGGAGUCGUCGACUGGCGCAUGGCGUACUUGGUGUCCUCAAACCCACACAUCCCCCACCAAGCGCACCACAUAUCGUCCAAUGUGCUCGAAGGACUAGCCAGCAUCAUGUGGGGCGUGGGUGGCGUGCUCCAAUACGAGAAGGAAGUGCCCAAGUUCAACCACUCGACGCGGCACGCCCAUUCAGUCAUGGGGCUGGUCACCAAGCACCGCCUCGACAAAGCGUUCCAGACCAGCCGACGGUGCUACAUGGUUUCCUACGCCGGCCUCCUGGGCCUCACCGCGCACCAUGCUGUGUUUGGCACCCUGGCCUACCGCCGCCACGACAGCAAGCGGACGGCGGCGCAUGUAGCUGCCGGGACCAGCUCCGGAUGUUACGCCUACCUGUGGCACUCGAUCUUCUUGGGAGCAAAGGUGCAGCGUAUGGGCCUCACGCACUUCACCGCCACUGCCGCUAUGCUGACGGUGUGGCUUACAGAAUCCGAUAAACUGCUAAAACAAAUCUGGUAGCUCCGUCCUCAA